GCAGCCGUUGGGGCACGCCGCUGGUUCCCAGGGGCCAGCCUGCCCGUGGUGGCAGGCUCCGAGCAGCAGGGCCUGCCUGACACAGCCAGGCCCCCGGGGCCCAUCAUGGAUGCCAAAACCACCAGGACCCCCACAGGGAGCUUGCAACAGCAGCAGCGUCCCGCAGGUCCAGGGGCUGCCGCAGCUCCGGGGACACGCUCACGCUCAGCUCCCGCACGCCCAGGGGCUGCCCCAGCUCCGGGCACACCCUCACGUCCAGUGUCUGCCCCAGCUCCGGGGACACCCUCAGGCCGAGGAUCUGCCACAGCUCCGGGGACACCCUCACGCUCAGCUCCUGCACGCCCAGCGGCUCCCGCACGCCCAGGGGCUGCCGCAGCUCCGGGAACACCUGCACGCCCAGCGGCUCCCGCACGCCCAGGGGCUGCCGCGGCUCCGGGAACACCUGCACGCCCAGCGACUCCCGCACGCCCAGGGGCUCCCGCAGCUCCCGGAACACGGGCACGCCCAGGGGCUCCCGCAGCUCCGGGGACACCUGCACGCCCAGGGGCUCCCGCACCUCCGGGGACACCCGCAAGCUCAGGGCCCUCCACGCAACCCAAGAACGUAGCACCCGGUGCGCCAAAAGAUGCAACAUCGAGAACACCCACCCAGCCACCGCAGGUGCCCAGCGAAGCUGAGAAGGCCGCCAUGCAAAAGCGUGCGGAAGGACGGGCCCUAGUCCCGAUCAAAUUCAGGGACAGCUUCAAGCGUUUUUUCUUCACGCCCACGGGAAUGAUGAAGGUCAUAAGGCUGGGUCUUCUCAUAGGAGCACUAGUUUCUUUCAUCAUUGCCAAAGCCCAUGAGCCAUACAUAGCCAUCACAGUUCUGGAAAUCUGCAUCGUUCUUUUUUUUAUUCUAAUAUAUAUGCUAACCCUUCACCACUUGCUGAUUAAUUUAGAUUGGUCCUUACUUGAUCUUGUCAACAGUUUCAUUACAGCUGUGUUCCUUUUAAUAGUUGCCAUCCUGGCGAUGCAAGAAGUGGAAAGAAGGCAUUUAUUUUAUGUUGGAGGGAUCCAGUGUCUCACAGCGGCAAUCAUGUGUAUCCUGGAUGCGAUUGUGGUCACCAAGAAGAUGAGGGAUAAAAUGAGAAGACUCCUGGGACUCGAAUAUGAAAGCAGUUCCUCCUUGCUCCUGGAACCCAAGAAGACACCUGAGCCAGGACCCACUCCAGCACCCGGGAAAGCAGGCACGCCGGCAGCGGAGCAAGCACCCACGCCGGCAGCGGGGAAAGCACCCACGCCCGCAGCGGGGAAAGCACCCACGCCCGCAGCCGGGAAAGCACCCACGCCCGCAGCGGGGAAAGCACCCACACCCGCAGCGGGGAAAGCACCCAAGCCCGCAGCUGGGAAAGCAGCCACACCCGCAGCGGGGAAAGCAGGCACGCCAGGAUCCUCAAAAGCACCCACGCCGGGAUCCUCAAAAGCACCCACGCCGGGAUCCUCAAAAGCACCCACGCCCGGAUCCUCAAAAGCACCCACGCCGAGAUCCUCAAAAGCACCCACGCCGGGAUCCUCAAAAGCACCCACGCCGGGAUCCUCAAAAGCACCCACACCAGGAUCCUCAAAACCACCCACACCCGCACCCUCAAAAACACCCGCAGCAGCACCCGCGAAGGCACCGGCGAAGACACCUGCAAAAGCACCCGCGCCGGCAGCUGGAAAGGCACCCACGCCGGCCCCUGCCGCAGACAUCAGGCGUGCAUCCACCCAGGCAUCCUCAAAGGCAUCCUCGAAGCCAUCCACGAUGCCAUCCUCACGGGCAUCCUCGGUGCCACCCUCGCGGACAUAAGCGUCUGUGCUUCGUCCCUCCCGCUAAUCCCGCCACUGAGCUUGCAUGCUGUCACCCAUCCCGGCCCACACGCGAUCAUAAAAUCAGGGCUGCUAAAUUGG